AUGAAGCUUUUGUCUCUUGUUGCCGCCGCGUCUCUCGUCUCGAGUGCCGUGGGCGAGGUUUUCUACGAGACCCGUUUCCACUACAUCACCGUGGAUGCCAACGGAAACAUCGUUGGCAGUGUCAUUUCCGAGGCCUUGGCCGAGACUGGCCUUCCGGACUUGGAACCUGCCUCGGCCACGGCUCUUGCCGUCGAGUCCGACGCCCCUGACUCCGCUCCUGCGGCCUCUACCCCUGCCGCAAACGCUGCACCUAAACCCACCACUACAACCCAGGCUGCGCAGCCAGCCACGACGACCUCGAGCACUGCCCCUGCCUCGUCGACGUUUGCGCAGGCAUUGGCCGACACCGGCUCGUCGUCUGGCGUUUACGCCGAGAUUGGUGCCUCUGGCGUCGACGAAAAGUUCGCCAAAGCCAUCUUGGACGCACACAACCAAAAGAGAGCAGACCACUCUGCGGGCCAGUUGAGCUGGUCGACCGAAGUGUACCAGUACGCGCAAAACUACGCCAACGGCUACGAAUGUGGUGCCGACUUGAAGCACAGCGGAGGAAAGUACGGUGAAAACUUGGCCAGCGGCUUCAAGGACGGUGUUUCUGCCUUUGACGCUUGGUACAGCGAGGGCAGCGGCUACGACUAUGCUUCUGCUUCCACCUUCAGUCAUUUCACGGCCAUCAUCUGGAAGGGCACUACCAAGUUGGGAUGUGCUUACAAACAAUGUGGAAGUGAUGGCAUGUACGUGAUUUGCUCCUACGAUCCAGCUGGCAACAUUGUUGGCGAGGGCAAGGAGAACCUUUCUCCAAACUAG